AUGUUGAGAGAAGAUGAUAAGGACGCUGCUGUGUUGCAUCUUAUUUAUGAUAUGUGGGACUCUAUGAUAGAGAAUGUGAAGAAGGUUAUAUUUACACAUGAAGGUGAGGAUUUGAUUACUGGGAAAUCAGAAUUUUUUGAAGCUAUUCACCAUAUAUUGGUGAGCAGGUGGAAUAAAAGUAACACGGCACUACACUGCCUUGCCCACUCUUUGGUGCCUAAAUACUAUUGUGAAGGCUGGCUUCGAGGGGGGAAUAAUGGAAUAAUGAGAAUCUCUCCACAUGAAGAUGAAGAAGUUUCUAUUAAUAGAAACAAAUGUUUCAAGAGGUUGUUUCUAAAUCCUACUGACUUGCAAAAAGUCUUUACCGAGUUCGGAGCUUUUUCUACAGGAAGUGGGUAUUUCAAUCAGGCUCAUGUCAUUGAUGGUAGAAUUACAGAGAGUGCAGUUUCUUGGUGGGAAAAUCAUAGAACAAGUACGCCAAUGUUACAAGCUUUAGCGUUCAAAUUACUUGAACAACCAGCUUCUUCUUCGUGUAUUGAGAGAAAUUGGAGCACUUACUCACUAAUUCAAACAGUGAAGAGAAACAGAUUGGAGACAUCCACGACGGAAGACUUAGUUUUUGUGCAUAAUAACCUCCGUGUGCUUUCACGUAAGGAUGAUGAAUAUGUCAAAGGACCUUCAAAAUUGUGGGAUGUUUGUGGAGACAAUUUUGAUCCCGAUGGAAAUAUUGGAGAAUUUGCUCAGCUCUCACUUGAUGAACCAGAAUUUGAAGCAAUGAUACAGGAUGGGGAGGAGGAAGACAUCUAGCUUAUUUGAAGACCUGAAUUUUCAUUCUAUAUCUUUUCACUUUCAUUUUAAUUGUUACUGUUAAGUCUAAGUUAAUUUACAAAACUGUUAUGCACUGAUGCUUGAGUAUGGAACUUUGGCUUUUUGGUACUAAUUCUUAUGUUUAGUUUAAGUAUGAAACUCAGAUUUGGAGAAUCAAUUUUAAUGGUGUGUUAAAAAUGAGGCAGGAAGACAUUUAUAUUUUGUUUGC